AUGGACACGACCAGAGCAACGACUCCGAGGGUCCCCCCUACCCUGCAUAUCUCUGGGGUGAGCGCGGAAUCGAGGGGAAGGAUGUUUGCCGGGCUCGCAGAUAAUAGUGUCAGGGCCACCUUCCAUGCGGACAGCCAUGUCCACCACUAUUCCAGUAAGUUUCUAGGAAGGAUAAAAGUGUCCACGUUAAUCACGGAAUCCCUAGGCCAACCCGAAACCACUCCAGGCCCUCUAUCAACUGUGCCAUUUGUGCGUGAUGAUGACUUUGUCAGUCGCGACACACUGCUUGAACAGAUUCGCGAGAAAUGCUCGGUCGAGGGGUCCAGGAUAGCGCUUGUCGGUCUUGGCGGCGUUGGAAAAUCGCAGCUUGCCAUCGAAUAUUCAUAUCGGGUCCGAAGCCAGUCGCAGGCGAUAUGGGUGUUCUGGGUCCACGCGAGUAACGCGGCCCGGUUCGAGCAAAGCUUCCGAGGCAUUGCGGACCAGGUGAAAAUUACGGGACGCGAUAAUCCCAAUGCCAACAUCUUCCAAUUGGUUGAGAAUUGGCUCCGGGAUGAGCGGCAAGGGAAAUGGCUUGUUAUCGUGGAUAAUUUUGACGAUGAUGGGCUCCUUUGCCAGCUCCCGGCAAGAGGCCUGGAGGGUCAGAGAGACGGCCAUGAUCAUGUCCAUGCUCCGACAAAGCCACUGUUCGAAUACCUCCCGCGGGCCCUACAUGGCUCAGUCAUCGUCACGAGUCGGACGAAAGAAGUGGCGCUGAAAAUCGUCGACCACAAGGACCUCAUUGAGAUCGAACCAAUGAAAGGAUCUGAGGCGCUAGAACUUCUCCAGAAAAAGCUUAAAUCGCCAGGGGACCGUCGAGAGUCCCUUGAAUUGGUAGAAGAGCUCGAGUUCAUGCCACUAGCGAUCGUCCAGGCAGCCGGCUAUAUCAACCACCGAGCACCACGAUGCUCGGUAUCGCAAUAUUUGGACACGCUUCGGAAGAGCCAUGACGAUGCGACCAGGCUUCUUAAAUACGAGCCAGGCCAUCUGCACCGAGACUGGCAGGCCAAGAACUCCAUUCUGUUCACAUGGCAAAUAUCCUUCAACCAUAUCCGAGAAAACAAACCAUCAGCGGCAGACCUGCUCUCCCUCAUGAGCUUCUUCGACCGACAGAGAAUUUCAGAAGACCUUCUGCGAGUGCAACAUAGAAGAAACCAUUGGAGCUCAGAGGAAACCAACCAUCCGUCUAUAUCAGACACGGAUCACGACUUCGAGGACGAUAUUGCAACACUGAGAGACUAUUCAUUCAUUUCCGUCGGUGAAGACCGCACCGUCUUCACGAUGCAUCGGCUGGUGCAGCUGAGUGCGCGCGUAUGGCUGCAGGGUCAAAGACAAAUUGAGAAAUGGAAGGAACAAUUUAUCAGCAUUCUGUGCCACCAUUUUCCGACUGAUCCCUACUAUGAAGAAUGGGAAAGUUGGGAAAGGUGCCGCUGGCUCUUUCCACAUGUUAAAUCGGCGAUGUCCGAACCGCCAGAAUCACCGGGCAUUCAGCAGCAAUGGGCUUCGCUUCUGUAUAAUGGUGCUGGGUACGCGUGGCGAAGCGGUAACCUUGCAGACGCGAGGGAAAUGGCAUCGAAGUCUCUGGAACAGAACAGGGACCUACUAGGCGAAGAGGAUCCGGCAACCCUUGCUAGCACUGCAAUGUUAGCGAGAGUAUACCAUCUCCAAGGGCAAUUAGAAGAGGCCGAGAAGCUCCAAGUGCGGGUGGUAGAGGCCCGGAAGAGGUAUUUCAGCGAGGACCAUCCUGAUACGCUGAUGGCUAUGGGAUAUCUAGCCACGACGUAUAUGGAGCAGGGUCGGUUAGCGGACGCUGAAAAGCUCAGGGUGCAUGUGGUGGACAAGAGCAGGACAGCGCUCGGCGAGGACCACCCUGAUACGCUAAGGAGAAUGGAAAACCUAGCAACGACGUAUAUGGAACAGGGCCGGUUGGCGGAGGCUGAGAAGCUCAGGGUGUAUGUGAUGGACAAGAGCAAGACAGCGCUCGGCGAGGAUCACCCUGACACGCUAAGGAGAAUGGAAAACCUCGCAGCGACAUAUAGAAGUCAGGGCCAGGAGGAGGAGGCUGAGAUGCUCGAAGUGCAGGUGAUGAUCAGCCUUGCUUUCACCUGCAAAUAUUCAGGCCGAGAUGUUGAGGCUCUCAAUUUACUAAGAGACUGCAGAGCUAGGAUGGAAGCAGUUCUAGAGCCUAGUCACCCCUCUGCUGUGUCUGUUUCGGAAACUUUGCUUCAAUGGGAAAUGGAUGGGCUAUAUACCGAUGCGUAG